GCAUUUUACAUCUGAUAAUACAGUGCCACACGUGUGUGUUCAUGCACCCUGAUGUCUAUCUGCCCUUUUGGCAUUAGCUGUAUUAGCAGGCGGGCGAGUUAAAGUCGCAGACGGGAGACAACUACAAGACUUAUCUCUCUCACACAGCUUCUGGCCGAGCCAUCCGACAGCUGGUUUAUCUGGAGCCACACACCCUCUCACUGGGGAAGUGUCACUCCGCAGCCCCCUCCUCCUCCUCAUUCCUGCUGACUCCCUGCUCACCCUCUCCUUUCUCGCCUCCUCGCCUCUCCCCUCUCUGAAUGCCAGGAGCUUUUAGUCAUGGAGCAGACGACAGUCACACACCAACCGAGGCUCUCCGUCACAGACGCAUCAGCGAUUCAAGAGGAGGAAGAGGGGGGCUUCACCACAGGAAGUCAAGAUGACUUGGAGUCAAGCAAUAUCUAUGCAUUUACAGACCCAAUACUCACACAGCCCGGCCUCGGCAUUACCACGACAACCAUCACCACCAUCACACAGACGGGUGGGGGCUGGAGCACCGACCUGUUCGACGUCUGUGGAGACAAGACUACAUGUGUCCUCGGGGCUCUGGUGCCGUGCUGUUUGGACCUGAGUUUAGCUCACCAUUAUGGCGAGUGUCUGUGUAUUCCUCUGCUGCCAGGAUCCACUUUUGCCAUGCGAGUUGGGAUCAGAGAGCGCUAUAAGAUACGGGGCAGUGUGUGUGAGGACUGGACCGCAGUGUGUUGCUGUUACCCUCUGGCUGUAUGUCAGAUGAUAAGAGAGAUGAAGCGGAGGAUGAAGACACAGACCUAUCAUGUGUCCACUGCCCUUGAAUGCUCCUGAAGAAACUCUAUACAGUAAACAAGGACUUUCCUUUUACAAUGCAAGAACGACUGGUGAGGGUCUUAUGAGAUUACUGUAUGAAUAGCACAACAAAAUCAAUAACGUUUUAGAUGCCCCUGGGGAUGCAGGAAAAUUAGAACUGUAAAGUCUAAAUGUAGUUUGUAGUGCUUAAAAAGGCCUCAGAGAUUUUGAGAUUGUAACCAUAUUCGUUUUUUUUGCAGAACAAGAACUCAUCAGCUUUAUUUUUGAGUUAGGUGAAGCAGGUAGCAGGACGCACGCUUAUUUAGUUUCAGCAGCUGUCACUGUCAGCUAAACAUCUGGUACAGUCAGUUAACAGAAAAUAAACAAAAAACGGGCAACUUUCUUGAGUUCUGAAUACGUUUUGAAGCAUGCAAACUGAAGUUGCUUCCUGAGUAACUUGAGCAAGAUACAGCCAUAUUAUAAGUCAUUAAACCAUUUUUAAUAGAUAGAUUUUUUUAUAUGCAAUAAACAUGUUUGUACUUAUUUCUAUAGAAGUCAGUUUACCCAUAUGCCUUGGAAUGUUUACCAGUCACCACUAAUAUCUGAAAUAUCAGCCUCAGAAAACCUCUGUGCAUGGCCGCCCGAAUGGCAGUGAGAACAUGUUAGCUUCAUUACUGCUCAAUGAAAAAUUUAAUAAAGAAAACUCAGUAACAAC